AUGGGUCGCUUCCAUCCCGUCUACAUCCGACGCUCGGAUGGCAUGCUCGAGACAGCUACCAAGAACGGCGCCAGGAUCCAGAAAGAGGCCAACAAGCCCACGCCUAAGCAGCUGGACGACAAGCCCAAGCCCGAUGGAGUCAAGGACUACUACCGCGAGGUCGCCAUCGACGAGUCCAAGCACAUGGACUGGAGGAGGAAGCUGGCUGCCAUGCUUGCGCGCGACCUCGGUCUAGAUCCCGGCUACAUCCUCGCCCACUUCCCCGAGAACUACCGCCUCUUCGAGCACGUCAAGACGGCAAAGAAAGGAGAAGGAGAGCCAAAGACAAAGACACACGCUGGCGGCGGCAACGAGCGUCAAGAUGCCUACCUGUACGGCCACCCUCUCGGCCGCAAGAAGCGCUUCAGAAGUCCUGGCGACUUUUAUCCACAUCUGCUCUGGCUGGCCACCGACCCCGAAGGCGACUCGGACAAUUGCGCCUGCAAAAUCUGCUGUCCCGAGGAACUCGAUGCUUCGAUGAAAGAGAGGGAGGCCAACAUUAAUCCCCCGCUGCUCAAGCAUCCGCGCGUACCGCCAACANAACCCGUCGACUAUGACAUUGAUCGCCAAUAUGGAAUCUUCCUGUUUCGCCAGGGUGAGAUGGUCUGGUUCGACCGUCAAGGCGCAUGGGGUCUGGGCGUCAUCACCGAGAGGUCCAAGGUCGGGAACAGCUCCAACUACAGGAUACAGCCUCUCUCUUUCCCCGACCAUCCGACUCAGGCAGUCACCAUCACAAAGGAUCGCGACCUUCGCCCGUGGCUGGCAUGGUCGGUCCCUCCUNACACCCACCAAGCUCUGAAUCAAGUUACACACCCUCUGCACUAUGGCAAUUUCGACUUUAACGCCUUGGCUCAAGGAAAGUACGGCCCGGGCACUACUGAGAUCGAUGCUAGUAUCAUGGCUGCAAAGGCCAUUGACGCCUCAUAUACUCCCUUUUGCCCUACAUCUCGCUCCGAAACUCAGUCAUAUACUGAGACCCGAUGGGAUGCCAUCUACCUAGGAGCUGAGAAGAUCUGGGUCAACGAACCUGUGCGCUUACAUACUCCUGCUGGGCAAGAAGCUCCUCGUGUUCUCGUUGUCAGGACUAUCGUUGAACGUACGCAAAAGUCUACGCAGCAAGUAUAUUCUUCAAUCUCAUUUGUUGGGGAGCUCUACGUCAUGCUGCCAGCACCUAUGGAACCGAUCACCAUGAACCGCGCUCCUAACGGCAUAGUUGCUGGUUCCGACACAGCCAAUGUCCCGCUACGUUUGCUCGAAGACAUACGUCGCCGCAAUCUCGCCACCAUCCAUGCCAGAGGCAAGGCUUACCAAUGGAAGCUCCUCGAACGCAACAAAGUCGUCGACAUGAAGGACGUCAGAGGCAGAUGGUAUGAGUCUACCUUGUUCCUUCCUAUCCUCUUGCCACGCCAAGCAGAGGAGUACGAAGAACGUGUUAGAGAUGGCGUGAUCCCCGAAGUCCUGGUUCUCAUGAACGGUCACGGCGACUGCAACACAGACUCGACUGAUAAGCGACGUUUGAUUCCAGACGUAAGGGCGCCUACACGCGAACAGGCGUUUGGAAAGGCCGUGCCAGCUCGCACUACCGUCCAAGAUGGCUUCAAUCGAUCUGCAGUGACGCAGCCGCCAGGUCCGCCACAGCAGCAGCAACCAUCACGCCUUGUCAGUGGAGGUGGUGUUGCACCCAGCUACCAGGCUCAUAACGGACAGCAAAACCAUGCGAGUGUUGCGGCUGCGAGUAACAAUGCGCCGACGUCUGUAUCUGCCGCUCCUUCGGCUCAGCAGGUUACCGAGAACCCAGCAACCGGUUUUGAAGAAUUCAUGGACUUGGACGGUCUUGGUGGCGCCGACAUGAUGAGUGGCUUUGAUCAGUCUUAUGUUUGA